AUGGCUUGGCGCAGCGGAACUUCUUCCUUCUCGCGCUCCUUGAUGUCUGCCGCCAGGGCGCCAUCUGUGCGUUCCUCUUCAGCUCCGCUUCCCCGCCUUCGCCCGUCGACCGCCUCCGCUCCCCGCGUUCAGUCGCGCCGGGUCUCCUUCUCUCCAUCCAGGAACUUGGGAGAGUUGGGAUGUGUCCAGUCUUUCCUGCCACUGUACAGCAUGGUUGCCAAGACCCACCUUGCUUCUCAUCUCAAUGCUAAUUUGCGGGCUUUCUGCGAGCUGUCUCAUGGUACCGUCUGCCGUUCUUGUCAGGAUCGCUAG